UACUAUUCUACCUUUUUAUGAAUCAUACGCUUGUUCAGCUGGUAUUAUUUGCACUUUUGUUUUGAAAAAGCAAAAUAAAGAUUCCCUUAAUCAUUCUUACUAAUUUCAUAAUUUGAAGAGUAAAGGUAGUAAGUGUUGUUUUUGGAAUUUUUUAGAAGAGUAUAGAAAAUUAUCAUUUACUAUAAAUUGGAAAAGUUCACACAAUUCUUAUUCAUUCGAAAUUGAAGUGUUCGUGAAUACAAGUGUAUAAUUUUUAAUUAUUGCGCAUUAAAAUAAAAAAUAAAAAAAAUGGCUACUUUAAAAAUUGUGUUAAACAAUAAUAAUAUUGUGAAAGCUAUUUACACUGAACUCCCAAAAAGCUAUCGAGAUUUAUUAUCAUUUUUGGAAGAUAAUGUUCAAUACAACUUGAAUUAUUUUAUGUAUUGGUUUGAUGGGGAAAAUGAUAAAGUUGAAGUGAGUAAUGAAUAUUCAUACGUAAUGUUUUUACGUCUUACCGAUGCUACAUAUCGAAAAUUGUAUGUCGAUGCUGGGAAGAAUUCGGAUCAACCGAAAGUCGUAAAUGUAUCAGAUAAUUGUAAUGAAAAAAUUCAGAAAGAAAAACGGGAAAAACCCGAAAAAUCACACAAAGAAAAACGUGAAGAGAAAAAAAGAUGUGCUCCAAAAGAUGAUACAACUAACCAAUGUAAUACCAUUCAUGCUGGCGUUCAAUGUGAUGGUUGUGAUGCUAUGCCGAUAGUAGGCUAUCGUUAUAAAUGUCUCCAAUGCAUCGAUUAUGAUUUGUGUGCAAAUUGUGAAAGAAAAAAUGUACAUUCCAAUCAUAAAAUGAUUCGACUUGUCGAGAAAUUAUCAAGACGAGAAAAUCGUGCUUCAUUUGGAAUUGGUUGUCCUUUCACUGGUGAUAUGCCUGCUAUGGGUGAUCCACAAAAUCCCAAUGAACCAUGCUUUGGGGGAAGACGUCAUGGGCGUCAUGGUCAUCGUAGAAACAAUCGUGAAUUUCCUAAUAUAUGGUCAUCUAUAUACCAAAUGAUGUCUGGUUUGUCUGAAGGUGGUAAUGUAAAUUCCAAUCAAGAAAAUAAACCAGAGGAAAAGAAGGAAGAUUCUAAUAUCAACAAUAAUAGCAAAGAAAAGAAAGAUAAUGAUAAUGGAGAACAAUCCAAUAACAGUAAUAAUAAUCAAAACAAUACCAAUAAUCAAAACAAUACCAAUAAUAAUAACGCAGGUGCCCCGAGACCAGGUAUCUUCUACGAUCCAGCAGCAAUAAAUGCUGGAGUUGAAAUUUUGUCAAAUUUCAGUGAAAUGUUUGCAAAAAUCAUUGAUCCACUCAAUGUAACUGUAGAAGUUGAUGUUGAUGGAUUAAAAACAAAUUUUUCCAGCAGAAAAAAUUCUAAAAAUGAUACUGCAAACGAAAAUAAAGAAUCCGAAAAGGAAAAUAAAGAAUCGAAAAACGAAGAAUCAACUGAAAAUGUUGAAAUGAAAUCAAAUGAAAAAGAAGAAAACAUGAAUAUUGAAGAACCAACAGCUCCACAAGUUGAAGAAAGCACAUCUGAAGAUGUCAAUAUGAAUGAAGAAGGUGCAGUUGGUUUUACAGCUAAUGAUCCAAUUCCAAGCACUUCUCAGAAACCUGAUAUUCGUAAAUCACCAAGUCAAGAAGAUGCAGGAUGGACAAUAAUUGAUGAUUCAAUGGAUUCUGAUAAAAGUUUAAAAUCAAAUAAAACUCAAGAAUCUGCAUCUAGUCAGAUUCAACCCACUGCACCCCCAAAACCAGAAAUUAAUUUUUCACAAUUAAGUAAAGAUUUACAAAAUCAUGUUCUUGAAGAAAAAGCAAAAGAAGAACAAAGAAAACAAGCAGAAAGAAAUAAAGAAAUUCAAACUAAUAUUGUUUACCACAGCAAACCACACAUCAAUAAUGCUAUUAUUGCAAUGAAAGCUAUGGGUUUUAGUAAUGAAGGAGAAUGGCUAACGCAUUUAUUAGAUUCAGUUGACGGGGAUAUUUCUCAAGCAUUGGAUUUAUUGAAACCAGCAAAAUAAACCAUUAAUAAUAUAAGCAUUUUAUAUUACAUAAUAUUAUAUAAUUUUUGACAUAAAA